AUGGAUUCAAUGAUCAUUGAGCGAGAUGUGCCUAUUGUUUCUGAUGAUGUGACUUUGCGCGCUGAUGUUUUCCGGCCCCGUGAUAAGGAGCAUGUGCCCGUUAUCAUGACUUUAGGUCCAUAUGGAAAGGGCGUUGAGUACAAGGAUGGUUACGCUUCGCAAUGGGACUGGUUAGUAACUACCCAUCCUGAUAUCUUGCCUGGAUCGACCCGGUCUUUCAUGACCUGGGAAACGGUUGAUCCCGAAACCUGGGUCCCUUGGGGCUAUGCUGUCGUGCGGGUUGACUCGAGGGGAAGUGGUAGAUCUCCAGGAUAUCUGGAUAUCUUAUCCGCGCGAGAGGCCCAUGACUACUAUAAUGCGAUUGAGUGGGCUGGCUCACAGCCCUGGAGCAAUGGAAAGUCCCCCCAUCUUGCCGCGAUGAUACCGUGGGAGGGCGCAGGUAACUUCUAUCGUGACCUUGCUCGUCAUGGCGGAAUCUUCUGCAAUGGGUUUCUGGAAACCUGGUAUCCUCGCCAAGUCUUGACUCUGCAACAUGGAAAUCCCGAUGGUCCAAAGGAUCCCUGGCUCAAUGCUAGCUCUACUGGGGCAGAUUCUAAGCUCUUAACCCGGGAACAGCUGGUGGAAAAUCGACUGGACAUCGUCAAAAGCAUCCUUGAGCACCCACUGGAGGACGAGUUCUACCAAGGGCGAUCCCCCGAUUGGGAGAAGGUCACUGUGCCUUUCCUUAGUGCAGCCAACUUGGCUGGGUUCGGAUUGCAUCCACGCGGCAAUUACGAGGCGUUCAUGUGCGCUGCCUCCAAACACAAAUGGUUGGAAUGCCACCCUGGUCGGCAUGAAGAAUGGUUUUACCUUCAACAGGGCAUAGAUAUCCAGAAACGGUUUCUGGAUUAUUUCCUGAAAGGUGAAGAGAAUGGAUGUAUUGACGAGUCUCCUGUCAUGCUUCGACUGCGUCGACCCUUUGAGGAGGAUCGUUUUGAAUUGCGAAAAGAAGAAGCCUGGCCGCUCCCUCGAACUCAAUGGACCGAUAUUUUUCUCGUGGCCACCCAGAGUGACGAAGGUCUUUCCUGGGAUGCACCGGAGUCUACUGCCUCGAGCUCGUUCGAUGCACUUGGUACACCUCUCAACUUUGUCUCGGCGCCUCUCGAAAAGGAAACGGAAAUAACGGGCCCCCUGGCAGCGAAGAUAUUUGCUUCUUCCUCGACAGUCGACAUGGAUUUGUUCGUCACCCUACAAGCAUUUUCCCCCGAGGGACGAGAAGUUGACUUUCGUGGCACGGUUGACCCUCGUACACCAUUGGCCCAAGGCUGGCUCCGAGCCUCCCAUCGAGCCUUGGAUGCAGAGCGGAGUCUUCCAUACCGGCCGUAUCAUACACAUAAAGAACUCUUGCCUCUUCAGCCAGGAGAAAUAUGCGAGCUGGAUAUCGAGAUAUGGCCAACAAGCGUGAUUCUCCCGGCCGGGUUUCGCUUGUCUCUACAGAUAAGUGGCAAAGACUUUGAGCGAGACGUUUCUAGUCUCCACUCUGCGCCACGAUGGCUUCGCGGGUCCGGUCCUUGGCUGCACACCCAUUCAGAAGAUCGACCGAUCGAAGUCUUCGGUGGGAAAACAACAAUCUACACGGGAGGAAAUACAAGCUCACGGCUUCUACUCCCAGUUGUACCCCAAGAAUAG